CGGAUCAAGUUCUAAAAGUAGGCUUGAUCGAUAGCUUGGGGUCGAUUUAUAAAUAAAAGUAUUCUUAUUUUUCCCUUACGUGCCCUAUGAGCAGAGGUUUUGUGAUGUAAAGUCCGAAAAGCCGCUUGAACGCGAUUCCGUUUCGACGCGCGCGCAACCAAAAUUAGGAAAAUCGCACCGAUCGGUCAGCUCGUGGAUUAUGUGUUGUGUAAUCACCGUUUGAUAUUUUUCGUAAAAUAAGUACUCCGUGAUGUCUAACAAACCUAACGUAAUUGACGUAUCUGAGAAGAAACAAAUUGAACAGCGAGAUUCAAUUAUAAUCGAAGAUGUGCCAAAUGCAAAAAUUGCGGAUUUCGAGACGGCGAUCAAUGUCGCCGGGACCGGGAAAUUUCAAUAUCUCCUCAUCCUUGCGAUUAUCCCGGCCUCCUGGGCAUCAAGUAUAGAUACGGCUAAUAUGUCAAUGAUACUCGCAUCGGCGGAGUGCGAUUUAGGAUUGUCACUGGUUGACAAAGGACUUUUGAAUGCUAUUACCUACGUAGGUAUGGUGACCAGUGGUUUUAUAUGGGGAUUCCUCGCUGAUGUUAGCGGAAGAAAGAAGAUUAUAUUAUACGGCUACAUGGCCGAUGGUAUUUGCAAUAUAUUAUUAGGAUUUUCGCAGAACUUUGGGAUGCUUUUAUUCUUCAAAUUACUUAGUGGCCUUAUCGUGAGCGGCCCAUAUUCCUCUCUUAUGGCAUACUGCUCGGAAUUUUAUGGUGCCAACGGUAGAACAAAGAUACCAAUUCUCGUUGGCUUCUCAGUUUCUUUCGGAUGUUUAGUGAAUGCAGGAUUGGCUUGGCUAGUGGUUCCUCAAUCGUGGUCAAUUACCCUUUGGGAUGGUGCCUUUGUCUAUAAUUCAUGGAGGCUCUAUCUGUCCCUCUGUGGAGUACCGACAUUGAUAGGCGUCAUUGGCCUCUCUUUCUUCCCAGAGAGUCCUAAAUUUUUGAUGACGCAAAAUCGUAAUGAAGAUGCCCUUGAAGUUUUUAAGAGAAUCUACAGUAUGAACACUGGUUUACCGAAAGAUAAUUAUCCUAUACGCGCCUUGGUUGAUGUGAAUUUGAACAGUAAAACUGCAGAGCAAUCAAAAUGUCAAAACGGUGUGAAAGCAAGCUUAAAAAGCGGAAUACAACAGAUGAAGCCUAUUUUCUUAACUCCAUAUGUGUCGCGUGUUUUAUUAUUUGUUACUAUACAAUUUUGUGGAAUGUUAAGCGUAAAUACUUUUCGCCUCUGGCAGCCACAACUUUUUGCGACAAUCAACCAUUUUUAUAGUCUUAAUACGAAUAUAACUAAUCCUACUUUUUGCGAAAUAUUGGACUUUUCGACGUCUAUUAAUGCAAAUAAAACUGUAUUGGAAGGAACAUCAAGUUGUGAAAAUAUUGUUGUAUCCGAUUCAAUGUACAUCGACACUAUUAUUGUAUCGGCCAGUGCUAGUAUUUGUAUAUUAUCUGCCAGCAUUUUUGUUAACUAUCUGAAACACAGAUAUCUAUUACUUAUCAGUUAUGGAUGCUCGCUUUUAUGUCUGAUCGCUCUAAUCUGGUCUACAAGUACGUUAACCACCCUUGUACUCACGUGUUUAUACAUUGGAUUAUUGAGUACGAGUUUCAACGUUGUGGUUGGUGCAACUGUUUUGCUUUUUCCCACGUCUUUGAGAGCCAUGGCAGUAAGCAUGGAAUUGAUAAUAGGAAGAAUGGGAGCCAUGUCCGGUAAUCUCAUAUUCCCCGUUUUACUUGAGUAUGGCUGUACAAUGCCGAUAAUUAGUCUGGCAUGCUUCACUUCGCUAUGCAUGCUUCUUACGUGUUUCCUACCAAAUACGCGCAAGCAUGUGGUGUAAGUUACGCUAGAAGACCGAAGAGGGAUAUAAGCACAAGACAAGUUUCAUUUCUUACGAUCAUCUCUGUAAUAACAUCUCCAUCUUUGAGGAUUCACGAUCGCUUAGCAGAGCCGAACCGGAGGCUCCAAAGGCCUGAAUCGAAGCUUAUCGCGAGCUAUGAUCGAGCCCAUACGAGGGCGGACAAUGGCCAUGCAUAUACAUGCACCACACAACGAAAGACUGCAUGAGACCUUGAGUUUCACUUUCGACACAUCCUGGAGAGCCCUCCAGCCUUCACCCACAUGCUCAUCCCCCUCUAUCCCGCGCUCCUCCUCGUGUGGACGCAGCUUUAUCGCAGAUCUCAGGACCUCGCCACCUCCGUCGAUCGGUGCAAUAAUAUGUACCGACGUAAGUAAACUUGCACGCCCGUAAAUCUUCACCUCGAAAAAAAAUCAGAGGAAAACAUGCGAAUAUAGCGUGAAUGUUUAUGACUGUAAUAAUUAAAUGUAUUGUUAUCAUGUUUUGCCUCCGAAUGUUGACGACUAACUCAGAAAUGAUUUAAAUGCUUUUAAACAUAUGUGAAUUAGGAGAAAAACUAUAAAGCGUAUCGCGCGUUUAUAUAUAACUGCUUCAUGAUAUUUAAUUUAUAUAAACAUAAUGUGUAAACUUUUCUUUGAUAAUAAAAUGGAUGAUUCUCGAGAAUUAUCACAUAGUUAGCGAUUAUAAGAUUUGUAAAUUGCUUAUACAUUUUUUAUUGUAUUUGCAAAUUGGUUUAGGAUUUGUAAAUUGCUCACGUUCUUUAUUUGUAUGGCGAAAAACUGUGAUACAAUUUAUAAAAACUAUUAUUUUCAGACAAAUAUACUAAUGGCAAUAUA